CAUGUUCUGGGAGGGGCUAUUGUGCAACAGAAGCAGCGAGGUACGUGGCCAACCAAACAAAGGGAAGACAUGGUCAAAAUAAAUUAAAUCCCAACAUUGACCAAAUAUAGAACAACAUUAAUAGCACCAAAAUCACACCCCUUUUACGUGGAGGACAUCACCCUUACAAUGCUGGUCACACAACACAAAAGCCUAAGCAAAUUCAGCAUCAGGAAUGGCAAUUCACGAUGACUGCAAACUAAAGUUUCUGGAUCUUAAGACCAAAAGAAAGUUCAGGUUCAUUGUGUUCAAGAUCGAUGAGAAUAUCCAGCAGGUGACGGUCGAGAGAGUCGGUGGUCAUGAUGAAACCUACAAUAACUUCCUUGCAGCCAUCCCUGCUAAUGAAUGUCGUUACGCUGUCUAUGAUUUCGACUUUACAACUGACGAGAAUUGCCAAAAGAGCAAGAUCUUCUUUAUUGCCUGGUCACCCGACUCGUCGAGAAUAAGAAGUAAAAUGUUGUAUGCGAGCUCGAGAGAUAGAUUCAAGAGAGAAUUGGAUGGAAUUCAAGUUGAAUUACAGGCAACAGAUCCGAGUGAGAUGAGCAUUGAUAUCAUUAAAGCAAGAGCUAUCUGAAUUCCCCACAAACAAAAGUAAAAAGUUUUUUUUACUGCAACCAAACAUUAUGUUUUUUACCUUACAAGUUUUACCCCACUCUCCUUUCUUGUCAAAAAUUUACCAUUA